AGUUGGUUUUCUUCGUGAAAUCACAAAACAUGAACUUUCUACUAACAAGUUCACCUCUUUUUCUCUUCCCCAUUCUGAUGCUAUGCACCUUCAUCUUCAUCCGCCAUGAGCUCUUUCCCAAGUUCAUUCCUCAAUCCAUCAUGUCCAAUUAUAUAACUCCAACUGCUUCCCAUUUGGCUUGGGCAUGGGAUUUCUUGCUUCACUACUCCCUCUUUCCUAAUUCGCACAAAAUUAAUGUGCAUGAAAAUUUUGACCAGGGACUAAACAUAGGGCUCUAUGAGCCUGAGGAGGGGUCGAAUGAGGUGGUAGAGUGUGCGGUGUGUCUAUGCAAGAUUGAAGAAGGAGAAGAGAUAAGAGAGUUGAGGUGUGGUCAUAUGUUUCACAGAGAUUGCCUGGACAGAUGGCUUGGACAUAGAAAUGGAACAUGUCCCUUGUGUCGAAGUUGUACUGCUCCUUCAAGAAUGGUGAAUGAGGUGGGAGAGGAAGUGAUAGUGGUCAAGUUUUCUUCAUCCAGUCCUGGCAAUCGCAGUAUGUGGUGGCUGCGCUAAAUUGAUCAUUGUCAUCAAUCAGAGCCUUCUAAGUACUCCUAUUCAAUGUAUAUUCUAAAAUUAUGUAGUUUGAUGCUGUUUCUUCUCAGCCAAGCAUUGAAACCAGUCUACUUUUACGUAAAUUUAACAAUUGCUUUCAUAGAUUUCUCA